GGAGCAGAAGGGAGGGGAGAAGAACUUGUGGAGGGAAGGCGCUGGGCAGUGGGGCGAUGAAUGCUUUUGAGGAAGGUCUCUAGAGAAGGCUCCCCUGCAGAGUAGGGAGAGGGUCUCCCCGAGACUAGUGGCCCCGAGUGGGCCGCCUGGGAGGAGCCGCGUGUCCCGCUGCGCCCGCCCUAGGCUGCCUGCGUGUGCGUCGGAAGUCCAGGCGCCCAGUGCACCAGGAAGUGACUCUCCCUAGCGGCAACAAUUCAGGCUUUUUCGUUUGCCGCCUCAGGCCUCCCCUGGCGCUGCAGCCCGCCCAAGUUCAGUGGUAGCCUUUCCUAGUGAACCCUUUCCAAAAGACGCGGUGGGCAGAACUUGCCCAAAGAAGAGGAGAAUGGAGGGGCUUGUGAAGGGGCUGGUCGAAGGAAGCACCUGACCGAAGAUGGUCUGCAGUCAAGGUGAAUCUCAGUGUUUGUGUGGGUGCCACAUAUUAAGAGAAGAGUCCCAAUGCACAGCCCGAGAUGCUGCUUCUCCAGAGUAGGUCUUUUCUCCAAACUAGGACUGCUCCCCUGGUGUUCCAGAAAACCUCCAGGUUGGCCACAGCUCUUCUUGGGUUCAGCAUGGAAGAGAAACUUCACUCAUGAGAUCGUCAAGAAGUAUCAAAGAGGACGAAAAAGUCAGAAGAAACCAAGCUACCUUGGACCACUAGAUGGUUCCUGGCAGGAAAGACUGGCCGAUAUUGUGAUGCCACUCUGGAGGCUGAGCUAUUAAGAACAGCUCAAGGUGAAUUUUGAAGCUCAGAAGAAAAUUUUACAAAGACUAGAUUCUUACCUCAAUGUAGUCAAAGUGAGAACUGCACCCAAAUCAGACAGGCUCUGUUGUCUUCUCUAUCUUAUUACAUCCUCGCCUAUCAUCGAUGGCUACCAGAAUAAAUCCACCUUCUCUGUGAACCAAGGUCUGGAUGGCAAUCUAAAGACUGUGGGGUACUAUCUGGGAACUUGGAGAGACAGGAACAUCAUCUGUGUAUAGUCUGAGCAUCUGAAAAACAUCCCCGAGAAACACAGUCAAGUGGCACAGUACUACGAAGUAUUCCUUUAACAGUCUCCAGUGGAGCCCUGCCUUCUGUUUCAUGAAGGUGGACACUGGCGUGAGCUCACAGUCCACACCAAUAGCCAAGGGCAUACAAUGGCCAUCAUCACUUUCCAUCCCUGGGAAUUAAGGCAGAGGAACUCUGUUCAGGAGACUGUAAAGGAGUUUUUCACCAAAGGGCCAGGAGCAUUCUGUGACUUGACAUCACUUUACUUCCAAGAAAGCACCAUGACCUGUUGCAGUCAUCAGCAGUCCCUCUACCAGCUCCUAUUUGGGGAACCCCACAUAUUUGAAGAUCUCCUUCAUCAGCAGUCUCCCUACAUCAGCUUGAAGAUCUAUAUCUCUCUAGAUGCCUUUUUCCAAGUUAACACUGCUGGUACAGAGAUGCUGUAUCAGACCAUGGGGGAUCUGAGUAGAGUGAACUCUAACAGCAUCCUCUUUGACAUCUGCUGUGAAACUGGAAAUAUGACCGGCCUCUCUCUGGCUCAGUAUACCUCUCAAGUCCUUGAGACUGAGCUGGUGGAGCAGGCAGAAGAGAAUGCCAGGUACACUGCUCACAGCAUCACCAACUGUGAAUUCCAUGCUGGCUAAGCAGGGAAGAUUUUGCCACAGCUGCUAAAGUCAGAGGGAGAUGGGCAGUUAAUUGUUGCUGUGGUGAACCCAGCCCAGGCAGGACUGCAUUACCAGGUGGUUCAGGCCAUUCGAAACAGCAGGGCCAUCCGCACGCUAGUGUUUUUUUUGUUUGUUUUUUGUUUUUUUUCCUGUAAGCCCCAUGGUGAAAACACAAGGAACAUCACUGAGUUGUAUUGUCCUCCAAACUCUCCUAAGAAGCCCCUCAGUGAGCCUUUCCUCCUGAGACAAGCUUUGCCUAUGCAUCUAUUCCCCCAUAGCCCAAACUGUGUGCUGGAGCUCCUCUUAACUCGAUAAGCAGCCCUCUACAAGAUGGCAGUCUCUUUGUUAAGGCUGAAGUUUCAGCUACUUCCAGGUUUGACUUGUUGCUACAUUGCAGACCAUGAGGGCAUUACUGGGGAAACCACUCUAUGGACUGCAAGCAGGAAGAAUAUAGCAGGCCUCUCAUCUGAGACAGAUUUAUAACCCUAGUUUUUAGGUUCUCUUGCUUUCAUCUGUAUUUGUCUGGUUGCGACCACUUCUUGGUCCUGGACGUGGACUUUUCCUUCCUUUUGUUGUCAGCCUGUCAUUGGCUCCUUUGGUCCUAGUUUAUAGGCUUGUCUCUGUCUAACUCUGCCUGUGGUGUGGUGACAACUGAGCUUUUCUCAGCAGCUGGUAAUAAGUUCACAGUGACUCAGGUCUCUGUAUUUGCCCAGAGAUUUUAUUAGAUAUGUUCUGCUUUCAUGAGGUAGCCAAGGAUUAGAACUAGAAACAAGUCUAGCUUUUUUUAAAAACUGGAGUAAACUGUGGAGUGAUUGCAGGGUGACUGCGUGAACUCAGUAGACCUUCGUUCCUUUGGGUUUUCUCAGAUUUCUGGGUUCUAGAACACCCUUUAAAAAUGCAGUUAUCCCUAAGAGCAAUAGCACCAAUUAGCUCUCACCUGUGGAGGGAGAAUUGGUUGUAGUAGAAACCCUAUGGGAAAGAAGAUAUUCAAAGAAGAGACUGAAUACCUAUAAUUGUGCUGUGUAGUAUGGAGGCAGAGAGCUCCAGAAUCCCCUAAUGAUCCAGUAUAUACUAUAAUAAACUGGCUAUUGAAACUGAUAUUCUAUAGUCCAUGAUUUCUUCAACUCUGAAAUUGUUCUUGGAUACUUGCCCAACAAGUUAGAUUAUGUUUUGAAUCUUUUAACAGCCUAGGGAUGUGUAACUUAGCAAGUAUUGUCUGAUUGACAAAACGAUAUCAGGUCAACUAUUUUUAAUUCUUAUCAAUUUUUAAUUCUUAUCAAUCCUCAAUACUUCUAGAGAAGGCGCCAUCUCAGAAAAAUAUGUCUAUUAAAGCUACUAUGUAAAUAUCCAUUUAAAAAUACUAGGAGAUAAUCUAAAAUGAUAAGAAGUGUUGAUUUAUGGUAGUCAUGUAAGUUUUAUUUACAUUUCCCUAUAUUUCAUUUUAUGUAAUGGGGUUAUAGUAAAACUUUAUAUUAAAAUUUAAAUGUAAAGUGUAAAUGUAAAGUGACUUUUAUUUUCUCCCCUUUUGUUCCCCAUAUCUGUAAAUGUUAAUCCCAUCUAUAACUUGUCAAAGCUGGAAACAGAGUUAUCUUUCUCAUUCUUGUAUCCAGCUGCCUACAAGGUAGAUUCCACCUGGAUAUAUUCUAGGUACUUCAAACUCAACAUAUCUCAUGUCGAAUGCUUCACAUCUUUCCCCCAAACCUAUUCUUGCUCCUAUAUUCCCAAUCUUGAUGAAUAUACCAAUCGAUCACUCAAGGCAGAAGCCUGGGGAUUCUGAGUCCCUCUUCUCUACCCCUCCCCCAUCCAGUGUGUCACUGAGUCCCCAUCUCUGCAGGUGACCAUCAUCUCUCACUGAAUUAUUACUGAAAGGGCCAUCUUUCCAAUUGCUGCUGCAUCUCCUCCUGUCUCCAUCCAUUUUGUUCUCUAUAGUCAGAGUGUUUUCUAAAAUGCCAAACUACUGGUCAUCUGUAUUUCCUCUUUGGCAAAAUACCUGUUCAGGUCUUCUGCCCAUUUUUUAAUUAGAUUGCUUGUUUUUGGUUGUUGUUGUUGAGUUGUA